GGUUGUUUUUCUCGUAAAUGUGACAUUAAUUGCCAUAUCGUCACUGCUUGUUCAGCCAGCGAAUGGCUCGAAUAUUUUGGGUGUCUUCCUAAGUCCCAGCCCGUCCCACCUGGUCAUUCAUAUGGCAGUGGUCAAGGCACUUGCCGAAAAAGGACACAACGUUACAGUCGUUACCUUAUACAAACCAAAGACUUAUCACGAAAAUAUAACAAAUGUCCUAAUUGCUCCUACGGAUCAACUCCAAGCAAAGUUUGAUGCAGCAAUGGCAGAAUUAUCAUCAAGCGUUAAAUCAAAUUUUAUACAAAACAUGGCAAGAUUGUUAAACGCUAAUAGAGCGGCAAUUGAUAUGCAAUUCGGGGCGUUUGUGGAUAGACGAUUUACCGCACUCUAUGAAAGUAAUGACAACAAGUUCGAUGUGGCCAUACUGGGCUAUGUAUUUAAUGAUUUCCAGGUGGCAGUUGGCGCUAAAUUCAAAUGCCCCAUAAUAAUGACCUGGGUGCAACAAUCCAUGAAUUUUGUGGAUCAUUUUGUAGGAAAUCCACAUGAAAUUUCCUAUGUUCCCACAAUGAUGAAUCCAUUGGCCACCGGAGAAGUUUGGAAUUUUAAAAAACGUUUGCAAAAUUUCUUUCUAACAACAACUUCAAGGAUAUUUUCAUUUGCUUUGGAUUAUUCUAUGAAAGGAUAUUAUAACAAACUCGUAGAAAUGGAUUCGAGUUUACCACCGUUCGAAGACAUGAAAAGAAACGUCUCGCUUCUGUUUUGCAACAGCUAUUACAGUGAGGGACCAAUAAGGCCACUGGCGCCAGCAACGGUGCUGAUUGGUGGCAUACAAGUCAAAGACAAGCCGGAUGCACUGCCUAAAAACAUUGCAGACUUCCUUGAUGCUUCACACCAAAAUGGCGCCAUUCUCUUUAGUUUGGGCACAAACGUUAAAGAGUCGUAUGUCAAAGCCGAAGCGUUUCAGAUCAUUUAUAAGGUACUUUCUCCGCUCAAACAAAAUGUGAUUUGGAAGUGGGGAGAUUUAGCGAAUACACCGGGCAAUGCCUCGAAUAUACUCUACCAAAAAUGGCUGCCACAAGGCGAUAUACUCGCUCACCCUAAUCUCAGAUUGUUCAUCACACACGCCGGUAAGGGUGGUAUGGUGGAGGCGUUAUAUCAUGGUGUACCCAUGGUUACGAUACCAAUGUUCGCAGACCAACCUACAAACUCAAAGAAAAUUGUGUCGGAAGGAUAUGGCGUGGAAGUGGAUAAAUUGGAAAUCACCGAGUCAAUAUUACGAAAUGCGAUCUCUGAGGUGCUCACGAAUCCCAGCUACGCAAAUAAAGUGAAAACGUUCUCCCGGCUGUAUCGCGAUCGACCGUUGAGCGCCAAGGAAAGUGUAGUCUAUUGGACGGAAUAUGUGAUACGACAUCGUGGUGCUGCGCAUAUUCAGAGUCCUUUGGUGAAAAUGAACUACAUUCAAAGCGCCAAUUUAGAUGUGUAUUUGCUCAUUUUGGGUACACUUUUCGGUGUUUUCAAAUUGCUUCUAUUAGUGGCGGGAUAUUUGUGGAAACGUUUUCGUGCAGCGAAGAGGUCAAAAUCGAAGAAGGAGUAAAUGCGAGUUGUGGAAUUUAUUUAGCUUUAAAAACUAA